CACAAUUUCAACAGAUGGCGACGCUGCAGUGUGUGUCCCAUAAGACUUGAAUUUGUCAGCCACCUUCGGUAGCACCAUGACUGAGGAGAGAGUGAAGGGAGCCUCGUCGGCUGUGGAGUUUGGGGACGUUAAAAAGGACAGAGACACGUGGGAUAACCAAUUCCAGUUCAUCUUCUACUGCUUGGGCUACGCUGUAGGAUUCGGCAACAUCUGGAGGUUCCCUUACCUCUGCUACAAGAAUGGUGGAGCGGCAUUCGUUAUACCCUACCUAAUUUUGUUGUUAAUGGUUGGACUACCCAUCUUCUUCAUGGAGCUCGCCCUCGGCCAAUAUAUCAGUCUCAGCCCCGUUGUUCUCUUCCCCAAGCUGGCGCCUAUAUUCUCUGGUCUUGGCUGGGGUAUGGUAGCAGUUUCUUUCUUCACCACCAUAUACUUCAACGUCAUCAUAGCAUGGACAUUCUUCUACACCUUCUCUUCCUUUACCUCUGAGAUCCCUUGGAGCACCUGUGAUAAUGACUUCAAUUCCGUGGAGUGUUUCACGUCUGAAUUCGCCAAAGUCUGCAGGAACCAGUCUCUCUUCUACUACAACACGAACUGCCUGAAUGCCCAGGAAUAUUGUAGUCUAGCCUCCCUCAGUGCUUACAACACAACUCACUGCUUCGACCCCCUGGAGCCUGAUUUUAUUAAGGCAGCAGCGGGCUCAGUCUACAGGAUUUCUGCCAGCGAGGAUUUUUUCAGGAACCGUAUGCUGGGUGUGACUGGGAAGAGCUGGGAGAAUAUGGGAGGGUUACGUUGGGAGCUCGUGGGUUGCCUUGCUCUGGCUUGGGUCAUCGUGGGUGCCUGUCUAAUCAAAGGUAUCAAGACCACUGGCAAAAUCGCUUACUUUACCGCCCUCUUCCCUUACAUUGUCCUAGUAAUUCUCUUCAUCAGAGGUAUCACGUUGGACGGAGCUUACCAGGGCAUAGAGUUCUACCUUCUGAAGCCCAACGUGACGCGGCUGAUGGAGGUUGAAGUGUGGGGAGACGCCGCCGGACAGAUUAUCUUCUCACUCGGGAUCUGUUUUGGGUGUCUUAUCACUCUUUCUUCUUACAACAAGUUCAACAACAACUGUAUGAGGGAUGCCGUCAUCAUCUCCUUCUCCAACUGUACGACAUCGGUGUUCAUCGGGUUGACGACAUUCAGUGUGCUGGGGUUCUUAGCCAAGGAGCUGGGGGUGGAGAUUGAAGAUGUGGUCACCUCUGGUUCUGGCUUGGCCUUUGUCGUGUACCCGGCAGCCCUCAGUCUCAUGCCCCUCCCUCAGAUCUGGUCUGUCCUCUUCUUCUUCAUGCUCAUAACCAUUGGCCUUGGAUCACAGUUUACAAUGGUGGAGACGGUAACGACGGCGUUGGUGGACCAGUUCGAGGGGCUGCGACAUAAGAAGGGACUGGUGGUGGUAGGGACGUGCCUGGUGAUUUUCCUGAUGGGAGUCAGUAUGUGUUUGGAGGGAGGCAUCUUGAUGUUUGAGCUCUUCUUCUUCUUCGCAGCAGGAUUGUCAAUGAUCGUGCUGGGCUUUGUACAGCUGUGUGCUAUCCAGUACUUCUACGGGUUCAAGAACCUGGUGAAGAACAUAGAGGAAAUGGGUAUGAAAAUGACGGGUCCCAUCUACUGCUACUGGACCACUACUUGGCUCCUGGUGGCUCCCGCUGCUCUUCUCCUGAUCGGCUUCUUCUCCGUUUACACCUUGGUACCAGCAUACUGGAGGGACUAUGUGUUCCCCUUCAGCAUCCAGGUCUUGGGUUGGUUUAUUUGCUUCACCUCCGUGGCCUGCGUACCCCUCGGUGCCUUCUACGCCAUCUUCACCAACAAGAAGAGCUGUAAGAGCCUCUUUGAGACGUCACCUGACUUCUGCCCAGCCAGCCAUAGGCAGGUGCUGAAGGCAAUGGAGGAACCGUCGGGCACCUUCCGCUAUAUCCACGAUAAUGAAGGCUACCUCCACACAGAGACCAAAGUGAUCCCAGGCGAGACAAACUGAGGCAUCAGAGCAGGAGUCGAGGAACACCACCGGCACUGUCAUCUUGAAGAACUGUCUGAGAGGAUGAAGAAUACAUUCUGAGCUUGCCACUGUACCACUAUUUUGCACCUGUAAUAGCGAAUGGCACCUGUAAUGGCACCUGUAAUGGCACCUGUAAUUGCCAAAGGGCACCUCUUACAUCAGACGUAAUAAGGAGAAUGAAACCAGUUCGUUCUCAUACCUGCAGCGUGACUGAUAGUACCAAACAGUAGACACAGGGACUUCCUCGUACACCUGUUGCAAGAAUGAACAAGAAAUUUCCCUUAACAGACAUAACAACAAAUGAAAUAAAUUAUAACUUUGUAACAACAAGUAGGACGUUUUAACAUCUCCCGCAAAUAGGGAGUAGAGAAAAAUACCAAACAAUAUUUCCCAAUAGUUGACGGAAAACAAAGACCUUGACGAACCCUGGGCCAGAAUACAAAACCUGAGACUGAGAAUCUUUUAGAAUACAAGACCUGGGCACUAGAGUGAUACAUUUUGUACUUGUAGUUUUCUUCCCUCGGAUAGAAUAAAUGUUUUAGUUUCUCUUCAUUAUAUGGUAAUUAACUUUACAUAAUGUAUCAUAUAGAUUUUACUUAAUUAUACUGAUCAUUAAUCCUUAGCAUGGUGAUACAUUUCAAUUCUGUUUAUACGAUACAUUUUUAGUGCAACUUUAAAGAUAUAAAGUUAAGUGAAAAAUGCAUUCCAAAAUUCAUCGCCCUUAUAGUCACAGAUUUAACACCUACACUUCUGCUUUAUAACAUUGUACGGUGUACCCUGUACACAUCAUCUCUGCUUCAGUACAUAUAUUAUAGUCUGGUGAGGAUAAAUUUUGUUUAGCAGAACCAGUUUUACCUAAAUAUAUUAAUUAAUGUACAGAGUCCUGACUUUCUUUCAUUAGUGAUAGAGUCACAGCUAACAUAUGUUUCAGGUACAUUGUUAUUUGUGGUGAUGUCUAAUGACUUAAGCAAUUUAUUUUAUGAGUAAACGAGAUUGAAUU